AUGCCUCGCAUCCCCACACCAAAACAAGCGAAGCCACGUUCGCGCAAGACGCGAAAGGAACCGUAUUUUGAAAAGGAGCGCAUCAAAUACGAAUACCUUACUAUCCCAGGCGACAUGUUGAGUCGGCCUUACCGAACGUCCUUCAAGAAAAACCUUGAUCCAGAGUUUGUUACGGUACUGGAUCCAAGUGUUAUUCCGAUGCCUACACCGCUACGCCCACCGCCGUUGACCUUGCGGGAUUUGGAAUGCAUCAAGACCCUUGGCCAAGGGCAAUACCGGGUCCUUCUCGUUCGGACAAAACGCAAGACCCAUCGUCUAGACAGAGAAACUUUCUUCGCGUUGAAAGCUAUUCCAAGAAAAGACAUCCGCAAAAAAGCCAUCUUCCACGCUUUCCAACCGUCCGACGAGGAGCUCUCGAUAGACGACCCCGAGCGGAGCAACCUCGCCCUCCUCCCCUGGAACCCCUUCAUCGCCGGGCUCCUCCAAACAUUCCACGACACCCAAAACCUCUACCUUGGACUCGAGUACAUCCCCGGGCCCACCCUGCGCGCGCACCUCCGUUCACACAACCUGGGCCUCUCCGCCCGUGACGCGAAUUUCUACUUUUCCAACAUCGUCUGCGCGCUCGAGUUCCUCCACAGCCACAAGAUCGUGCACCGCGACCUGAAGCCGGAGAACCUCCUCCUUGGGCCGGAUGGGUAUCUGGUGUUGACGGACUUUGGGACGUCUGUGCGGUGCCCGAACGAGGAGGUCGUGUGGAUGGGCCUCGGGACGCAUUUUUACAUGGCGCCGGAGUGCCAUGAGGGGAUUAGGAAGCUCGACGCGCACCCGAAGGACAUCCCCCAUGCGCUGGAUUGGUGGGCUGCAGGCUGCAUUCUGUACGAGCUCCUUACCGGCGAGAUGGCAUUUUGUGAAGCACACGAGAUACUCACGAUCCUGAAGGCGUAUGAAGAGCUCGAGUGGCCAUCUCGGGUCCAGGUUAGCAAACGGGCGGUUUCCCUCGUAGAUGAGCUGCUCGAGCCCGAGCCAGAGUGCCGACUGGGCACCAAAGAGGUCCAGGAAGUCAAGGCCCACCCCUGGCUUUCCAAAGUCGACUGGGAGAGGAUGCGCAGGCGGGAGUACCGGGCACCGUUCAUCCCCUCCGCGCAGGACAAUGCGUCGCUGUCGCUGUCAUCACAGUGGCACAACAACGCCCUGCCAGACCAGGCGCUCGUGCCCGGGCUGGCGAUUGUCGAGCCCCCUAUCCAGCUCGCGCACGAUGACAGGUUUCCUGAACGACCGACGACCAUCUGA